AUGAGAGCGUACGAGGUUCGCGAAGAGCAAAAAAGUUUCUUGAAAAAUAGCAAAGAUCCUCGCCCGGCAUAUUUCUUUACGAAGUUCAAAUAUCGCACUUUGCAAGACGAUCCCACUUCGGAAAAAUUGUUAAGUUUAAAAGAGAAAUUGGAUACUUGCGAGUAUAAGGACGACUGGGAGGAGUAUGAGGAUGAAAAAAAUAACCGGAAAGCUGAUGCGCAUGUCGGUUUUCAUGAAAAUUUAGACGAAAGACUUGAAAGUAAAAAACUUCGUUGGUUUGAUUCGGAAGAUGAUGACAAUGAAGCUACAGUUGCAUCAGGUAAUUUUCCUGAAAAGUCACGAGAAGAGGAAGAUGAGGAUGGAGCUUCUUCAUCUGCUUCAACGAAAGCUAUCAAUGAAAAUCAAAGUGGUAACACCGAUAAUGAGAUCAAGGAUGAUAUUGAAACUGAAGGAGAAGUUGAUAAGGUAAUAACGGACUUCUUGGGAAACGUUGUUGAAUGCUCAGAGGAAUCAAAAAAUAUUUGUUUAGAGUAUACGAAACAAUAUCCUGAUGGUGAUUUGAUUGAUCUCCGCUUAUGUUCUUCCUUCCUCAGAAGGAUUCCAAGAUCGAUUGCAACGCCAUAUCUAUCAGAGAUGGAUAAGAUAACAGAAUCUUUGAUUCCUGAUGGUGUACACCAAUUCUUAGUACAAUUCUUUUCACAAAAUAUUUCCGAUGAUGAGUGGCAAAUUCAAGUUGAUGAUUUACGACCUUCAGAACAAAACAAUACUCUAAUGACUGCACUAGUACGAAUUUUACGUCGUACAUUACCGCAGUUUAUAAAAGCAUUUACCCUUGGAGCCCAAAACCCUCUUUUAGAUAUUGCAACAAUUGAACAAGCGCACCUUAAUGCAUUCGUACAUCCGUGUUUAGAUUGUGCUCUAUGGUAUCUACCGAAAAUACAUUACGAAUAUGGAGAAAUUCCAUCCAGAAAACAUAUUAAUAAGAACCAAGCUGAUGGUGUUGGGUUUACGGCCAAUAAUGAUAAAUUCCAACUUGUGUAUUUCGAAGGAUCAAGGCCUGCUGAGAAGAAGGUGGAAAAGGAAAUUACUGAUGCUAAAAAAAUUUCUUACAAUUUGAAAAAUCUAUAUUCAGAAAUUGUAAAGGAAGUUAUUAAAAACCGUAGGCGUUUGCCAAAGAAGUUGUUCGUAUUUGGUGAACAGAGUUUUCGACUACGUAUUCGUUUAUAUUAUCUUGAUUAUUGUGAAAAGUUUCGAUUAAAUGAGGUUGAUAACGCCAAUUUACCACGGGACUUUUCAGAGAUGCGAGAUUUUGUAUAUUUUUACGAAUCUAUAUUAAAGUGGGUGCAAGAUACGAACAGAGACCCUCACGUCUUUCAUAUGCGAAUGCCAUUCUUCAACUAG